AUAUAAAUGUCUCGAAAACAAGUGCGCCCGAGCAUACACAAGAAAGCGAGUGUACGAGCGAGUUUCUGUCAAAAAAUAAAUUAAAUAAAACAAUCUUUUUUUUCUCGGUUCGUUUACUGACGACGAUCCGUUUAAUUCGCAAGUGCCAAUAUGAGGGCUUUAAUUGUGUUACUAGUGACGUGGGCAUAUUCAGCGUCAGCGAGACCGGAACCACCAUCGUCAUACUUCCCACCAUCGGGAGGCGGUGGCGGCGGUGGUUAUCCAUCAUCAAUAGGCGGUACCGGUAGCGGUGGUAGUUACGGUCCACCACCAGUUCAACCAUCCUCAAGUUAUGGACCACCGCAAAGAAAUCCUGUAAUUCAUAAACACGUUUACGUUCAUGUUCCACCACCAGAGGCACCAGAAUAUAAGGCCCCCAAGUACAUUGCCCCCGCACCACCCCCACAGAAGCAUUAUAAAAUUGUCUUCAUAAAGGCACCAACACCACCGACACCAACGGCACCUGCUCUCCCACCUCUUCCACCACAAGACGAGGAGAAGACUUUGAUUUACGUUCUCGUUAAGAAACCAGAAGAGGCACCGGAAGUUAUUCUUCCCACACAGGCGCCAACACAGCCCAGUAAACCGGAAGUCUAUUUUAUUCGCUACAAGACUCAGAAAGAGCAACAAAAUGCGGAAUAUGGUCCUCCACCAGCUUCAGUACCAGUUGACAGUUACGGACCACCCAGCAGUGGUCCUUACUAGAUUUAGUU